AUGGCUGCCGCUAAUUCUUUGCUCUCUGAGAAUCAAAAAAGAUUGGAUUAUCUCGAGAGAAAAUGCCAACAAGUAGAGUUCCCUUCUGCUGGAAAAGCCAAACUUGAACACUAUUAUAUUUUCAAGGACGCUACCCUUGUGUUCAAUUUGUGCCGAGAUUGUCGAAACAAGUCUGCUGCUCAAGAGAUACGAAAUUCUACUGAAACACAUCAAGAACUUGAUGUUAUUAUGAGUGAUGCCAAGCAGGUCGCAACUCAGCAACUACUUCAGCAAGCCAGAAGGGCAAAUCGUCAACUCCCGACACGAGAAUGCUUCUUUUGCACCUUAACCGAACACAAGGAAGAGAACUGCAACAUUGCAAAAAAUCCGGAAGAUCCAGGAAUCUAA